ACUGAUAAGUGGUCUUCCAGAAAUAGAUUUGGAUGAUAUGAGGGCAAACACCGAGUACUCUGGUUAUAGUACUGCAUCACCUGUUAUACAGUGGUUUUGGGAGGUUGUUCAAGGGUUCAGUAAGGAGGACAAAGCUCGGCUUCUACAGUUUGUGACGGGCACCUCAAAGGUGCCUUUAGAAGGUUUUAGUGCACUUCAAGGUAUUUCAGGUUCCCAGAAGUUUCAGAUACACAGAGCAUAUGGUAGCUCCAACCACUUGCCUUCUGCUCACACCUGUUUCAAUCAAUUGGAUUUACCCGAGUAUCCAUCGAAGGAACAUCUAGAAGAGAGAUUGUUGCUCGCAAUUCACGAAGCCAAUGAAGGGUUUGGAUUUGGUUAAGAUUAAUUAUAAUGUAGAUAGCCAUCGGACCGGGAUUGGGAUCUUGUUAU